CACACUGACUUCUCAUAAUGUCAACUGAAGAUCGCAUUUUGACAAUUGACGUUCUGCCUCCGGGCACGCAACGCAUCAAUGACUUGCAAGCCACUCAUAUCGUCCUGGCUCCGCGGCCAACUUCAGAUCAGAAUCAGCCCUUAAACUGGAGUCCAAUGCGCAAAACGCUCCAUAUGGUUCUUCUCUCCCUUUACUCAAUGAUGAUGUUCUGCAUUCCCUGCAUGAGCGUCCCAUUCUGGCAGAACUUCAACGAAGAGCUCGGCAUGAGCUACGAUACACUGAAUAAUGGAUACGCAGCAAACAUGGCAGGCCUUGCUACCGGCUGUAUCAUCUUCAUCCCUAUCGCACUGCGCAUCGGCCGGCGACCAGUUUAUCUCUUUACAUCGUUGAUCAUGUUUGCUGCUGGGGCUUGGCAAGCUGAGACGUAUACUGUUGGGGAUAUGAUUGGUAUGAAUGCUAUCGCAGGAAUCGCUGGAGCUGUCAAUGAGGCCUUAUUCCAGGUUACAGUAACGGAGCUCUUUUUCGUCCAUCAACGUGGUACCAUGAAUGGUAUAUACUUUAUGAUGGUCCUAGUAGGGAAUUACCUUGGACCAGUCUACGGUGGCCAAGUCGCCGUGACAAUGGGUUGGCGAUGGGCAUGCUGGUCUUGCACUGUAUUCACAGGCAUCGUCACUGUCCUCAUGUUCUUUUUCCUGGAAGAAACCAAGUACAUCCCUGCACCACUCAAUGGCCAUAACCCUCGAGCCACCGCAUCUUCACCUACCGAUGACAAGCUUUUUAAGAUCAACAGCACCGCAAAGACACCUUUGCCAAACAAUUCACCAGACAGCGCCGAGCCUACGGAGCAGGAGAGCGAUACCGUUGAGAUAGAUCACAGCAUUCCCAUGAACUCCUACUGGAAGCGCCAUGCACUCUGGACAUUGGAUAAGCACGAGUCCACUCAGAAGCGCACUUUUUGGAGAGACAUAUACGAACCGUUCCAGCUUCUCGCCACAUUUCCAGCCGUCAUGUUUGCUGCCUUACAAUAUGGUUGGAGUAUUGCCAUGCUCGCCAUUUUGGCAGUAACACAGAGUUCACUGUACUCCAUUCCUCCCUAUAACUUUACCACCGCAGGCGUCGGAAAUAUGAACAUCCCUCCAUUCAUCGGUGCCAUUCUGGGAGCUCUCUUUGGAGGACCGCUUGUAGACUGGUCCAUCGUGCAGAUUGCGAAGCGCCGUGGAGGUAUUUAUGAACCUGAGACGAGAUUGUGGCUGUUCAUGGUUCCGGGGUUGUGUAUGACCAUUGGAUGUCUUAUGUAUGGGCUCACUAUUGCCAAGGGAAUGCCUUGGAUCAUUAAUGCUAUAGGCUCAGGCUUUAUUGGUUUUGCCAUUGGAGGUGGCGGAGACAUGUCCCUCACAUAUCUUCAAGAUUCCUACGAACAUGUUGUAGGUCCUGCCUUGACAGGCGUCGUUUUUGUUCGCAACGUCAUUGCCACCGCUCUUGUGUUUGCCGUCACACCAUGGAUGGCUGGCAUGGGAGUUUACAACAUGUAUGUGGUCUUGGGCUGCAUUUCUACCGCUGUUGCUUUGACCUGCGUACCGAUGGUAGUCUGGGGUCGGACAUUCCGGGCUCGGUUGGCGGGCAAGUAUGAGCACUUCACCAAUAAGCAGUAUUAAGUUGAAG